AUGAAACCAUUUUCUCCAGUACAAAGUUUACGUCACAUUCCCACAAACGCUUCGGAGGUUAGGUUUGUUGAUCCGCAACAUAAUCUCGGAGAUGUUGAUUUAUUACAUCAAAUUGGCUACAAGCAAGAAUUAAGACGUCAUUAUUCAACCAUACAAGUUUUCGGUAUAGCAUUUUCAAUUAUGGGUCUCCUACCUAGUAUAGCUUCCGUCCUCAACUCUGGUAUAUCUACUGGGCCUGCUGGUCUAGUCUGGGGUUGGUUCAUUGCUAGUUUUUUUAUCUUUUGCGUCGGUAUUUCCAUGAGUUUCUUGGGUAGUGCUAUACCAACAAGCGGUGGAUUGUAUUACUACACAAACUAUUAUUGUCCCGACCGAUUCAGGGUGCCCUUGAGUUAUUUGAUUGGAUGUUCAAACUCCCUUGGAUUGACUGGUGCUAUUUGCAGUAUUAGCUAUGGAUUUGCAGUCGAGGUUCUAUCGGCUGUCUCACUUGCAAGGGACAACAACUUUGAAUUGACAAAUGCAAAAUCGUAUGGUGUAUUUGCUGCAAGCAUCGUCUUGAAUAUGGUUAUCUCAUGUUUGACAACUAAACAUGCUGCAAUGUUGCAAACAAUCUCAAUUUGUGUUAACGUGUUUUUGGUUGUACUAUUCCUUAUUGCUGUUCCAGUUGGAUUUUCAAGACACAAUAGCUUCAACUCAGCAGGGUACAUAUUUGGCAAGUAUGAAAACUCAAGGGAUUGGCCAAUAGGGUGGAGUGCCAUCAUGUCAUUCAAUCCAGCUUUAUGGACGAUUGGGUCAUUUGAUUCAGUCAUUCAUUGUUCUGAGGAAGCAUUAAAUGCCCAAAAGUCUAUUCCUGUGGGGAUAUUAGGCUCUAUAGCUGCGUGUUGGUUCUUGGGAUGGGUAAUAGUAAUAGUGUGUGCAGCUUGUAUUAAAGACGGUGAUACUGCACGUGUCCUCUAUUCCGAAACAGGAUCGCCCAUGGCUCAAAUCAUUUACGAUGCGUUGGGAAAGAAAUGGGCUGUCGCGUUCAUGUCGUUGAUCUGUGUGGGUCAGUACCUCAUGGCUAUUUCCUUGAUGAUUGCGUUAUCAAGACAAGUUUGGUCGUUUGCAAGAGAUGAUGGGUUACCAGUGGUUUAUAAAUGGGUCAAGUAUGUCAAUCCAAAGAUAAGGGUGCCUGUGAGAGCAACGAUUUUUGCCAGUUGUUGUGCAUUAGUCAUGGGCUGUUUAUGUAUAAUCCCUGGAUCUGCUGGAUCUGCUGCACUAUUUUCGCUUGCUAUUGCUUCAAACACUUUGGCGUGGGGUACGCCAGUGGUUCUUGUUGUUUUGCCUUAUGGCAGAAAGAAGUUUAUUCCAGGGCCCUUUUACUUUGGGAAAACUUUGAGCUUGAUCAUCAACAUCGUUACUUCGCUUUUUCUUCCCUUUGUUAUCACAAUGAGUAUGUUUCCGGAAUCCACACGGGUUGAUAAAGACAGUAUGAAUUACACUUGUGCAAUCAACGGAGGUGUUUGGCUAUUGUCUAUAAUUUACUAUUAUGCGUGGGCGUGGAAGAAUUACACAGGGCCCAAGUCUAAUCUUGAUGGCACAGAGUCGGAAGAAGAGGAGUCCAGUGUUAAAAACGUUGAUGAAAUUUUGGGAGAGAAAGCAUAG